UCUCUCAAUCUUCUUCUGCUCUUCUUGUUCUCUCUGAUCUUGUUUCUUCUCUGUGUUCGAUGGCUCGCACGAAGCAAACCGCUCGCAAGUCCCACGGCGGAAAGGCACCUCGGAAGGACAUAGCUCGAGUGGCUGCACGUAAAUCUGUUCCAACAACUGGUGGAGUGAAGAAGCCUCAUAGGUACCGUCCUGGAACUGUUGCACUACGUGAGAUCAGAAAGUACCAGAAGACCGCUGAGCUUCUAAUCCGGAAGCAACCAUUCCAGCGUCUUGUUCGUGAAAUUGCUCAGGAUUUCAAGACGGACUUGAGGUUCCAAAGCCAUGCUGUUCUUGCUCUUCAGGAAGCUGCUGAGGCUUACUUGGUUGGUUUGUUUGAAGAUACAAACCUCUGCGCCAUACAUGCCAAGAGGGUUACCAUCAUGUCGAAGGAUAUUCAGCUCGCUCGCCGUCUGCGUUCAGAUUAGGAUUCUAGUUUCUCUUUCGUUUCGUUUAUUUCUCAAUGCAGCCUCUCAUGUUCUUAGGGUUUUAGUUUCUCUUUUGUUUCGUUUAUUUCUCUAUGCACUCUCUUGUUCUUAGGGUUUUAGUGGCUGGCGUUCUAGUUUCCUAUGCAUUUUCUAUAGUAGUUCAGUAGUUCUGUUCUGAACUAUAUAUACCUUCUCUUCCCUUUUAGUAUUCGUAAACUAAGAAGCACCUGAAUAAUGAGGUUUUGUUUUCAUUGGACAAGUUUGUUUACAUUGAAUGUAUU